UUUUUUUUUUUCGGGAAAUCCAAAAAUAAAUUCUGUAAAAUACAUCACGAACAAUCAGUCUUUCAUAUAAAUAAUUUAACUUAUCCAAUAGUCUGAUCACAAAACCUUCGUUGAAUCCAUAAUUAACUUAUUAUAAUUUAAUUACUAGUAAUUAAUGUAUUCUGAAAUUGUAAAGUUAUAAAUAUUUAGGUGGUACAGAAGAAAAAAUGACUAAUAAAGCUUGUUGGAAAUUUGACGAGCAAGAUAGAGCUCUGUACAUCGACGUCGAAGAAGAUAAAGAGGACAAAGAAAACCCAAAGGUAUAUAGUGCCUGGGACAAAUUACCGGAUAUACUAUUAGAAGAAAUAUUCUCCUAUUUAACAGUCCGUCAACGGUAUUACGCAUCUCUAGUCUGUCGAUCUUGGUACCAAGCAUUUAAACUACCGAGAGUAUGGUCUACCUUUACUGUCCAGGACACGACGUUAACUCGUGGAAAGUUCAAUUACUACAGCGGGUGGUGCUACGUGUUGGACCACAUCAGAACUUCUUCAUGUUUCUACAGAGUUGGUCGUAAUUUUCGGUCCCUGGUGUUCGAGCCUAGUUACAAUUUUUACAAUCUCUAUGAAUUCAUGAACAUGUUUACCUGGUUUUGUCUGCGAAAACCCGGUGAUGAUCCUUACAUACCUGGAAUGGGUCUCAAUAUUCGUCAUUUGAAAUUUAUAUUUCCUUGUAAUAUGGCCAAUCGUGAUGAUCCAGAGCAAAUAAAAAUAUUCGGUACUGGUGGAAAGCUCCUAGAAACUGUCAAAAAACUUACAUCCAAUUUAAAAAAUUUGCGAUCGGUGGAAUUCAUUGAUCUGAUGCUUGACAGCAAAGAGGCGCUUUAUUUUUUGGAUAAUAUCUGUGAUAAUUGUACUGAAACUUUGAAAAAACUCGUGUUAAUUAAUACCACAAAAUUGUACUGUCCAUUAUUGCACGUUGGAGUUUUUCUUAAUUUAAAUAUUCUUGUAAUAAGCCCACAAAAUUUAGAUAAUGAUGUAUUGGACUUAAUUGGGUAUACAAAAUUGAGACAUAUGCAUAUAUUCCAAAAUCGCUAUAGCCCUGUUGACAGCACUGUCCGAUUGCCGAAGCAAUUAGCAUGGAUAAAAUUACGGAAAAAUAAUCCAUAUCUAAAAGUCCACUUUGAAGUUGAGAGUAAUAAGCCGGAGAUAGUAUUGCCGAUUGAAUUUCCUGAGCACAAUUCAAUACCAUGCUACAGCAUCGUGAUAGACAACCAGACGGCACAAAUAACGGCUGCGAUGGUGUUAGCUCAGGCAAUUAAUUUUCAGAAGACGAUGUCUGUUUAUGCGAUAAAAAAUAUCCCAAAGUAUUAUCAGCAUCGAAGUUUCUCAAAGCGUGUCGAUGAAAUCAUCGUGCGAGUGUGCAGAACAUGCCCCAAUAUUCACACACUGAUGAUACGAGAUAAAAUAUCAACUUCAACACUACUCGAGAUAGCUUCAACAGCGAAGUCAUUGCGCUAUUUAUAUGUACGUCGUCAAGCUGUUUUAAAAAGAUGCGAUAAAACUUGGUCAGUUGUUACAGAGUGGACGCCUGAGCACCAAGAAUGGAUAAAGUCUAUUUGCAAAUCUUAUGAGGAUACCGAAAAAGAAAUUUCUAAAAUACUAGGAUAUAGAUGGAGAAUGCUAACAGAAAAAGAAUUCAAACAACAAACUGUUCAUUUAUAUGUAUAAUAAAUUGUUCAAGCUUAUUUUACAUACUUUUACCUCUUACCAGAUUAAAAUGUCAUUUUAAAUUUAUAAUAUAUGAUUAUAAUAAUAAAUAUAUGUAUAUAUAUAAACCUUUUAUAUGUGUGACUUGUCAAAUUAAUCGACACUCGAUAUCUAGUAUAAGUGAUUACGCAAGAAUAUGCAAACAUGAAACUGCUUCCUACAUUCUAUUUAAGUUAACAAAAAAUAAUUUCAAGAGUAAGAGUAAGAUUAAUAUGUAUAUUUAUUAUUUUUUUUUAUUGUAAUUACAUUUCAAGAAAAAUUUGAUUUCGUUAAUUGAAAUAAAUAUGUUAAUGUCAGAUUCAAUAAUAGCGUCAAACAUAAACAUCAAUCGAGCGUUAUUUAUAAAUUUAGUUAUUAUCUAAUUUAGUUAAAAUACACAUGAAUAUAAAUAUUGUAUAUAUACGAUAUUAUUUAAUAUGUUUUAAAAACUUUUAAGUAUAUAUUUUUCACGAUUAAUUUUACAAUAUACAAGAUUAAUGAAAAAUGCAUAUUUACAUAUUUUUCACUACUCGAUUAAUAUGAAUAUCCAACAAAAAAUAAAGGUGAUAAAAAAAAUAUACAUUUUUAAGUAGCAACAGAAAGAAAUAUAACAAAAUUUAAUCUAGUUGCCUCAUUACCAAACAGAUAAUUUAUCUAAAUAUAAAGGUCGUUUUCUUUAAA